AUGUUAAAUAAUUAACCAAUAAAUUAAAGUGAGGACUUUAAUCAAUUGAGUAGAUCAUAACAUUCAUACAGCGACAGUUCUUCUUCGAUAAAUUAGAAUAAUUUGGACUUACGAAAAUUAACAUGGGAUGAUUUUUAAGGAACCCCUCCAAAAAAUGAAUCAGCCUAAGCUUAAAUUAGAUGGAAGAUUGGUUAUAAUUAUUAAGUGCGUCAAGAUGAUGAUAAGAUUUAAGUGAUGGUUGAUGUUUGGUGUAAGAUAGAUCCUUCGUCUUGGUAAAAAGAUAAAAUUGAUGAAGUUUUGCAUCAUCAAUAAGGUUGAUAAUUAUUUAAUAUAAAUAGGUCAUUUUUAUAUAGGAAUGAUUUGUGCCUUAUCGUUUAAGAAGAGAGUAUAAGAAUUCAAUUUUAGUUAAAACUACAAGCAUGAAAUUUCUGAGAUUUUUAAUAGAACAUUAUAAGAAUAUUUAGAAAUGGGAAACAAAUAUAAUACUGAGACUCUGAAUAUGUUAAACACUGAAAAGUAACGAUAGUGGGAUAUGAAAAUAAUGAAACUAUUAAAUUCUUUAUCUCAAUAUACAUGA